GUAGCUGCUGCAGCUUCUGCUGUGUCUGUCUGUGCCUUUUAUUCGCUUCAACUUCAACUAUAACAGAUGGAAAACUAUUGCAGCAUCUCCGGAACAAUGGAAAUGAAACGAAUGGUGCUCAUUUACCUUUGUAACGUUGACGUUUCUUUUUACAGUGCGCUAAGUUAGCUAAGCUAAACAGGCUAGCUUAGCAGCUGUAGUGAGUUUUCUUGCUCAGGAAAAAAAGAGAUGAAGCUUCAUGCAUCCUGAUGGCUUCGACUUCUGCAGCUCAAAACGCUGUGUGGCUGAAAGGCGACGGCUGUCUGGCUCCUCACCCAAGAGACGGUGUUCUGAGACCAGUCACCGUACAGCGCCUGACCUCUGCCUCACACGACAACGACACAGCGUGGGUGGUUUUCACUGACCAUGACGAAGAUGCAGAGGAGGAAAAGCAAAUGGAGGAGGCCAUACCUGUCCUCAAACUUGUGAGAUCAGGCUCAAAUCACUUCACCCUUGAGAGACCUUUGUUUCCUGGUAGCGUUUCAGACCCCAAACUGAGCGUCCCUUUAAAACUAAGUGACGCUGAGGAAGACAGAGUCCCAUACACCAUCAACAGAUACCUGAGGGAUUACCAGAGGGAGGGUAUACGAUUCAUUUACAACAAUUACAUCCGAUCCAGAGGCUGUAUUCUGGGAGAUGACAUGGGCCUAGGAAAGACUGUCCAGGUCAUUGGUUUUCUUGCUGCUAUAUUGCACAAAACAGGCACAUGGGAGGACAUUGAGAACAAUAGGCCCCAAUUUCUGCAAAGUCAGACCUCUAAACGAAGUAAACCUUCUAAGGUGGUUCUGAUCGUGGCUCCACUGUCAGUGCUUUAUAACUGGAAAGAUGAACUGGAAACGUGGGGUCACUUCCAGUGUGUGGUGGUCCACGGGCUGAGGAAAGAGGAGGAGCUCGCUCGCAUAAAGAAGGGACGCGUUGAGAUCGCGCUCACCACCUAUGAGACUCUUCGCCUCUGUUUGGAACAGUUCAAUAAGAUUGAGUGGUGUGCUGUGGUUGUGGAUGAGGCCCACAAGAUUAAAAAUCCAAACUCUCUGAUCACUCAGGCCAUGAAGGAGCUAGAAUGUAAGGUCAGAAUUGGUCUCACUGGCACCAUCCUGCAGAACAACCUUGAGGAGCUCUGGUGUGUCAUGGAUUGGGCCAUACCGGGCUGUCUUGGCACUUUAGGACAUUUUAAAACCCAGUUUUCAGAUCCGAUUGAGCAAGGACAGAGACACAGUGCGACCAAGCGGAGCUUAGCCACAGGACGGAAGGCUGUCCGAGCACUCGCGAAGAGAAUUUCCCCAGGGUUCUUCAGACGGACCAAAGCUCUAAUCAAAGAUCAACUUCCCAAGAAGGAUGACAGGGUGGUGUAUUGCUCUCUAACAGACUUUCAGCAGACUGUUUAUCAGACUGUGCUGGACUCUGAGGAUGUGAGGUUACUGCUGAGGUCAGCAGAAAAAUGUGACUGCCACAGUGGACGCACCCGCCAAAGAUGCUGCUACAACACAAACUCUGAAGGCAUCCAAAUGAAGGCGUUAUACUUCAGUUACCUGGCCAUACUGAGGAAGGUCGCUAACCAUGUGGCCCUGCUUCAGUCAACCGCGGGCGUCAGCAAGAAGCAGGAAAAGUACGUGAAUGCCAUCUGUGCACAAGUGUUCAAGAAGUUUCCGGAUUUUGUACAGCGAUGUAAAAAUGAAGCAUUUGAAGCCCUGUCAGACCCGAUGUACAGUGGAAAAAUGAAGGUUUUGCAGAAGCUGCUGAGACAUUAUCUGCAAAAGAGAGAUAAAGUACUCAUUUUCUCUCUCUCCACCAAGCUCUUGGAUGUACUGGAGAGCUUCUGCUUGGCAGAGGGCCUGGACUUCAGCAGGUUGGAUGGAUCCACCAAUUCCAAACAGAGGGUCCAAAUUGUUAAAGACUUCAACAGUUCCUCUCACAUCAAUCUCUGCCUGGUCUCAACCAUGGCCGGCGGUCUCGGUCUUAACUUUGUUGGCGCUAAUGUGGUUGUAUUGUUUGACCCAACCUGGAAUCCAGCCAAUGACCUUCAAGCCGUCGACAGGGCCUAUCGUAUUGGCCAGUGCAGGGAUGUGACUGUUCUCAGGCUGAUCUCGUUGGGGACUGUGGAGGAGAUUAUCUACCUCAGACAGAUUUACAAACAGCAACUGCAGAGUUCAGUUGUUGGAAAAGAGAGCGCCCGUCGGUAUUUCGAGGCCGUGCAGGGGCGUGUCGUUCAAAAGGGGGAACUGUUCGGGUUAAAAAACCUCUUCAGGCUGCAGACAAGAGGGACAUGCCUCACCCGCACUAUUCUGGAGCGAGAGGAACAAGUAGAGGCCGGCGUGAUGACAGCGAAGACAUGCGGCGGCGAAGAGGUGCAGGAGGGGACGAGGGAAGUUAGCGAACCUGGAGUUUCAUCACCUGCAUCUGAGAAACCAUCCGAGGAGAACGGAGAUGGAUCUAAAGCAGUCCCCGGUGGAGUGCUCGACUUCAGCAGUGGAAGUGAGGCGGAGGAGGAUAUAGGACCCAAAAGAAAGGCCUCAAACGUCGGCGCAGAUGAUGGCAGUAAGAGCGGGAGUGCUGGUCGAGUGAGUCUUCUCCAGCACGGUUUCUCCAGACUCCUCGAAAGGGUCAAAGAAAAACUCGAUUUAGAGGAAGGGGACAGCAGUCCAGAUGCUGACGGAAGCCUUGUGGAGGAGGAUGUUCAGGAUCAGGAGAUGGAUGCCUUCUCUUCUGGUGCCUGCAGGAACUCCAAAACAGAAAAUGAUGCCAUUGCUUUCCAGAAAUGUGCAGACAAGCAGCCAGAACAGAGAAAUGGUGAAGAUUUACUUUUGAAAGAAAAUUCUGCAUCAGAGGGGAGAAGUGACAUGAAACGAUGCAUAAAAAGAAGAACUGCAAUGGAUGAGAGAAGCGAUGAAAACUCUUCACCUGACAAAAAGCGGAUUAAUACUCACAAAACUGCUGUUCCCAGAGUGCAUCGCUUAGAGGCAUGGUCGGACGAAUCUGAUGAUUUUGAUCUGGAGUCAAAAACGAACACUAAGAAGGACGUUUUCAGUCCGCAUCAUCGAGGGAAGAAGAGGCAAAGUGCGAGUGUCAGAGACAAGACCAGGAACAAGUUCACAGAAGAUAUCGAGACAUUCACAUCUUCAGAGGACGAACACACGCCUCAAAAACAGGGCCGGAGAGCCGCACCCAACAAAACAGAAAGAAUAAGAAGGCAAAAAGGUGUUUCCUUCACCAAUCUGAAAAGUCAAACAUCUCCAGCUUCCAAGGAAAGGAAAAGGAGUAUCGAUAGCAUGCUGGGAGGUGUACAGGAGGUGGCGUAUUUCCACUCUAAUCAGAGAGUUGUGGGCGGCAGCAAAGCGGAGGAGCUGAUCAGUCGAGCUGCUGUAAGAGACGUGUUUGAACGCAAAAUGUACUCGCAAGUCCCAGCCAACCAUCUUCUGAGCACGCAGGAGAGCCUUGAAGAAAGCUCACAGGACACCCAGCCACACCCUGCAAACGUCACGCUGCAGAGGCCCAGUGUGGAUCAUCCUGUCACAUUUAGCACCAGGAGCGUGCAAAACACCCCACAGACCACCUUCAUCAUCGGAGAGACUCCUAAAGCCAUACGCAGGCAGCAGCUGGAGGAAAUGGCAGAAAGAUUCAACUUUCCAUCGGUCUGUCAGUUUGCACGUGAGAUUCUGAGCAGGAACUCAAACCAGAGACUGGAAUGGCUUCAGGAGUAUUAUACCUCACUAAACCACCCCGAAUUAGCCAACACAGUCGCAAGCUGCUUCCCACAACCUGCCUUGACACAUGCUUCCUCUUCAUUGGCUCGCCCCUCACCUCCCACAAAAACAGUUGUUACCAAAUGUCACAGAGGAAGCAGAACGCCACAAGAAGCUCCCAAAGCCACAAAAAAGGCCAAGCAUGUUCAAACAAAUGCUGAACUCGAAUCUAAACGUGAUUCACUCCAAAAAAAUGUUUCGCAACAGAAAAAGUCUGCUAGAAUUUCACUAAAUGAGUUUCUGGAGCCGGCCAAGAGACAGAAGAUAUCGCAGAAGGAUGUUCGAGAGCCGUUCAGCGAUGAUCCGAGCCCGGAGUCUGAGGAGCAGGAGGAGACGGUUUUUAUUGCCAGAGGACGGAAGAGGACAAAGAGCGGUAGUGUUGCUGGUUCUGGAGCCCACAGAGCCGAUGGCGGUCUUGGCGUGGAUCUGGCCAGCAGCAGCGGUCUGGGGUCUGGGGAGGCCGCUGCUUUCCUGAACCACACAGACAGAGAUACCCCUUCUUCUUCAGCCCUCAGCCAUGGCAGGUCCACCAGGGCCUCCAAACCCGCAGCACCGGGGCGGAGGGAAGCUUCUCCGGCCCCAGCUGACUCCAACAACCGCUCCUUCCUCACGGAUCUGUUAGGGGAUACGUCUAUCCUCGAUGACUUGCUGAAGCCCAAAUCCAGGAGUGCGCAGCAGAGCAACCAGCCAAAAGGCAACACAACUUCACCGUCCGGACACACAAAUCCUGGUUCAAGCUCACACGCUCACACUCACCAGGUCAGCGCACCGGGGCGGGCAUCAAAGAGCAGCCACAAAGACUUCUGGGAUAUUCUGAAUGAGGGUAAUGAGGAGAGUAUCAACAAAUUAACAGACCUGGAAGAGGUACAGAGAGUCUGCAUUAACUCCAGCUUCGCAGCUCGAAAGAAGGACAGAGUGGAGGAAGGCAAGGGUCUCUGGAAAACCAAUGAAAAGUUCAUCUGGAAGAAAUAACGGUUUUAUUUUAAGGCACUUUUACUGAAGAAAAAGAACAAAGACUGUUACACAGCACUUUACACCAAAUUAUCAGAUUUUUUUAAAAAAAACAUUUUUAUAUUGUGCAGUUCUGUGAUCCAUUCCUUUUAUUGUAGCUUUUAUUUUAUAGAGAAUAGAGAAUCUUCAAUUAUUCUCAAUAAAAAAGCUGUUGCUUGGUUUCUCUAGAAAUCUGAAUGAAUGAUGCGUCGCUUGUUUCUUUUUCAGUUGUUUCAUCAACAGAAUUUGGAGACAUAAAUAAAUGUGCAUGUAAAAAAAAUAGGCAGUUGUUUCUACACAACAUAAACUAAAGUUUCAAGCAUUUUUGAAAAUAGAAAUUGUAAUGUUUAUGAAUUCUGCUUAAAAUAACACACUUUGGCAACAUUUGCUCAUCAU